AGUUAAAACCAUAGUAUAGUCCACUGCAAAAACAACCUGAUACUACAAAAAAAUAAGCGGGGUGUUACAGCCUCGUAUCCGUUACACCUAUUUUUCAAAAUUCAAACAAUUUUCUCUCUCUAAAACUUGUUUCUCUCUCUUCUAAUCCCAUUUCCUGCACAUUACUCCACAACUCCCCACUAAACUAAACCCAAAUACCCCACUUUCUUCCUUCUUCAUUGUUUUAUCCAAGAUUUCAAACUUCCCUUUUUCUCUCUCCUCUCAACACUCUCUCAGUAAUUGGCACUACAUUACAAUUUGAUUUAAUUCUCAUUGGCUCAGUUUCUGCCUCCUCUGUUUUCUUCCUUUAACAACCUCUAAUUCUCUCUUCAAUUACAACAUUUCCUAUUUUUCUCUCUCUUCAAAACCUUCACUUCUUCCUCUUCAAAUUUACAAAAAAGGGUUCUUUUUAAACUAAAAAUUCACCCAUCAAAUCUUUACUUCUCUGUUCACAAAAAAAUCCCCUGUUUUUUUUACUCUGUUUUCUCUAAAUGGGUGCUUCUGGAAAAUGGGUUAAAACCCUUAUUGGGUUCAAAAAACCAGACAAAGAUGAUCAUUCCCAUGAAAAAUCAGGGAAAGGGAAGAAAUGGAAGUUAUGGAGAACUCCUUCAGGAGAUUUGAAUACAUGGAAAGGUUUCAAAGGUCGUCAUAAGACAACAGCUUCAGAGGGUUCGGAUUCUCCGUGUCGAAACGAUGCGUUUAAUGCUGCUGUUGCUACUGUUGUUAGAGCUCCUCCUAAAGAUUUUCGUGUUGUUAGGAAAGAAUGGGCUGCUAUUCGUAUUCAAACUGCUUUCCGUGCUUUUUUGGCAAGAAGGGCUUUAAAGGCAUUGAAGGGAAUUGUGAGGCUGCAAGCUCUAGUUCGAGGGCGGCAGGUUCGUAAACAAGCUGCUGUGACACUGAGGUGUAUGCAGGCAUUGGUUCGGGUUCAGGCACGAGUUAGAGCUCGUCGUGUAAGGAUGUCAAUCGAAGGACAGGCUGUACAACAGUUGAUUGAUGAACGACGUACCAAGACUGAACUCUUGAAACAAGCUGAGGAAGGAUGGUGUGAUAGUAAAGGAACAUUGGAUGAAGUGAAAACAAAGUUGCAAAUGAGGCAAGAAGGAGCAUUUAAAAGAGAAAGAGCACUUGCUUAUGCUCUUGCUCAAAAGCAAUUGAGGUCAUCACCCUUUUCAGGGUUUAAAACAACCUUUUCAACCCCUUCCCUUAAGGGCUAUGAAAUCGACAAGAGUAGCUGGAGUUGGUUAGAGCGUUGGAUGGCAGCAAAACCAUGGGAAAACAGACUGAUAAUGGAAGAAGUUAAUAGUACAGUAUCUGAGGUGAAAACCCCACCUCCGAAAGCCUUUGUGAAUCCCUUUAAAGAAACUUGCCUGAAAUCUUCUGAUCUUCAGUGCCAAGUUAAGGUCAGAAAGAACAAUAUGACAACUAGAAUCUCAGCUAAACCACCCAUGAUGGCUCAAGGAACGUGGUCAUCUUCUAGCCCAAGUUCAGAAUUUCCUUAUGAUGAGAGCUCGGCUUCCUCCUCUAUGUGCACCUCAACAACUCCAAUAUCAGGGAAUGAAGAGAGUGGUGGGAAUAAUACUAAUUGUAGCAGGCCAAGUUACAUGAACCUCACUGAAUCGACGAAGGCUAAGAGGAGAACUCAAAGGGCACAAAUGCAGUCUAUGGAUGAGUUUCAGUUUGCAAAGAAACUUGCAGGGUUCUCAAAUGGAGAUUCUAAGAGUAGCGCGGGCUCUGAUCCUCCAUCUGUCAACUUCUCUAGGCCGCUUAACUUGCCUACUAGUCGAUUGGAGAAGAACUUGAUGAGGCCAAGGGAAAGAGAGAACUACUUGUACAACUGAAGUAAAGAGUUAUCUGUUAUUGCUUUCUCCUGUUUGUUAAGGCAACAGCUUGUUGUUUUUGUAAGUCUAAAAACUUGAAGAAGCAAUUUAAGCUUUUGGUGUUAUUUUGUUUCUGUGAUCGAGUUUAUCUCCUUAGUGCAGAUUGUAAUUGGAGUAUUCUUUUUGUUCUUACUUGCAAUGUUUGUAGAAAGUCAUGAAUGUUGUAAUGUAAAAUUAAGUAAUUUUGCACUUUAUUGCAGUAAAUGUAUCUGUAAUGUUUUUCAGUA